GACACGUCAGGGAUUCUACUCGUCCUUGUCCACACGCUAUGCCCCUCUCGACUGACCGGCUGCGACGCGGCAAAUCGCGAAUCCUAUCGUACUUGUGGACAAGCCAAUAACAAUGUACUUGUACUUCUACUUUCGAAAUCACGGGUACUGAAAUCAAGCAUCGUCGCCCAUCCGGCACGAGUAUGAGCCGAGCGGGUCGGCCAGGCUUCAUAUGAAGCCCAAUCCAGCCUAACAGCUUCACGACUUCCCCACUCGUUCUUUACGCCUUCUUGAUGCCAGCGCUUUGAAUCAUGACCAGCAUCAUCGGAAGCGAUCUCAGUCUAUUCACUCGUUUUUUCGAUAAUGGCCGAGCAGCAAUAGCAGGAUCAGCCGUCGACCGGAUUGUAGGCUCGAAACGAGUUGGGCAGCUGUCUGCCGUCAUUGGGAACAGAGCCUGCGAUAGUGCUCUACAAAUCAAUGGACACAUAAUAGACACGAUCAAUAAUUUCAACCCAAAGUACAUCAUUAUCCACUGUGAUAGUCUAGUCCUAAGACCAGAUACUGGGACAAGAGUAGUCCCUUUCGUACAUGUCGAGCCUCGUAAUUUAUCCCUCGUGAAUCGUCCCGUUACUCGCAAUACUGUUAGCUCAGCUGAGAUAUCGACUCUACGAAAACAGAAGCAGAAUGUAACGAUUAUUUCUAAUGCAACUGGAGAGCCAGCCACCUUUUGCGUUCUUUUCCCCCAAAGGGUUCAAGACAAUUUCAUCUCCCUCGAGAUUGUCACUCGUCUCGGUCUGAAAGCGCAUUACGACACUGCGUCAGUAAGAUCGAUCGUAUGGGAACCGAAACGUCUCUUUUCUACUGGUGACCUCGUGGAUCUAUCUUUCCUCAUGCCAGGCAGCAAUAAACGAAUGACGCGGCGUUUUCAUGUCGUAGAAGGCUGCCCUUUCGACAUGCUCCUCGGGCCGGUCGCAACCGGCUUAUCCCUCACUUGAUACCGAUGCUAUGUGAUUGUGGGAGUCUGGCGCAAUGAAUCCCUGCACUGGUGCGGGGGUGAUAUCUGGGCAUUCUUCAUUUCAGCUUUCGAAAUUCACAAUACCUACGAGUGGAGUGCCAUUCAUUGGCUGGUCGACCAUGUGGCCGUGGUUCUCCAAUCUACCACUAUUCACGCAGCUUCGCUUCAAGGCAGCGUUCAGUGGUAGAAUCGAAAACAUGACUGCAUGAAACCUAUAAACUGCCGGAUUGGGAUAAGGAAAUGCUUUGCGGUGGAGGCGCGGUGCAUACUGGGAGACUGUAGGCUAUAUAAGGCUGGGAAUGGAAUACACAAGGCUGGAUUUUGUAUUACACUACUACACAUGACUACAUUGAAUAUUGCUUCUAUGGUCAAUUCGUUCAAUUCACAUCUUCUCUAUCUCUCUUCCUACA